CAGUGGUAUGGGCAAUAAGGUUGCCCAUCUUGGCUCAUCGGUAGGAUGUAUUUCUAUAUACAUACACGUGGAUGCAUGUGUUGUGUUAAAGCUGAAGAUGGUUUCUGUAUUGCCCCAUUUAUCCUCCCAUCCCUCUUCAACAGAGGAGAAAUCAUUAGAAAUUUAGGCCAUGAAAGAGUUGCUUUUGUUUUGGCAAAGUGGAGGCUGUUGGAGAUGAAGACUUGGGAAUAAAGGCAGCCUGUAAGUACAGCUCCCAGGAAAAGCUGCUGCUGACUGGGAGGUGGGAAUGCGAGGCAAGGAGGGUGUAUAACGCCCUGUCUCCUUUGCUCCCCCCUUCACCCACUCUCCUCCUGCCCAGUCCCUUGCCCCCAGCAAUUGCAGAGGUGGGGGGGGGCAGCCAGUUGACCAUGGCACGCUGCCGUGCUGGGAGGGCUCACAGUGCCUAAAGGGGGUUUUUGUGAGGGCUUGGAGCUGAACUGUUGAAAUCUGUGCUCAGAUUCCUCCUGGUGCUGUCAGAGGCAGAUCCAGCCCAAUUCUGUGAGUUCCCUCCCAGUUGGCUCGCCCAGCUGCUCUGCCAGAGUCUGAUACUGAGUUAGGGAGCAUCUGGCUGUGAUGUGCUGGGGGUCUGGGCAGGCCCUUAGCGGCUUCCAGCAGCCGGGCAAGCUUGUAUCCUUCUAAAAAAUGCCUGCUGUGAUGCUGGGCAGGCUGUGGAGAGACCCCUCAGACGAGCUGGGCUCCUUCAGCUCAUCCCAUGAGAGGGUCUCACUGUCCCUGCCAAGCCUCAUGCCACCGAUAAACCCUGGCCCUUCACUUCCUCCCAUCGGAAGUCAUUAACGCCGACGAGCUUUUCUGGCUGAAUAGUUCCCAGUAACUCCGUGCCGCCGCCUGACAUCCAACACCGCCGCCUGCCCGUGCUCCCUGCUCCAGGAGACAGCCUUCAGCGCUCGCGCUCUCUCCUCCUCCUCCUUGCGCUGUCAUCAUCGUCAUCUGCUCUUAUCAGGAUGGGAACCCCUCUGUUUUGGGGUGUGCCUGGGUGGGACCGAAGCGUUUCAGGGGCUCCCUCCAUCCUGUUUGCACCCUUUGAGCAGUAUGUGGUGGAAGGCUGGGCCGUGCUGCCCUGUCUCCCUCGGGGCUCCUGUAUGGGACCGGGGUCAAUAUGCAGCAGAAAGCAAAGCUGCUUCCAUCAGCAUGGGCAUUCAGGAAUCUACGCCCACCUUGCAAACACAUCAGUAAAAAUACAUUUUGGGUUUUUUUUCGCUUGUCUUCAGGUCUUUAAGCCUUCUGGGAAGUUGCAGGUUGAGGUUUGCGACUUUGUUCUGUCAGUGAUAGUCAGAGAAGUUUCUUUCUCAGUUUCUUGUGGUUUCGGGUGUGCACGGUGCUGGUGCUUUGGGAGGGGAGCAUGUUCAUUCAGGAUGGCCCUGGCGUAUUUUGGGACCAUGGGCUUUGGGGAGCGGUAGGAGCAUCCUGGGACCCUCCUGGCCCGAACCAUUCUCAUCUGGACUUCUGCGGCCAUGUGAAACUGGCCUUACUGGGUGAGCCGGUCCAUGUCCUGUAGCACAUUGAAGCGUCAGCCCUCGACACCGAUCUUGCUCAUUACCUGUGUUCACACGGCCGGGUUCACUGCUCCAUGGUGGAGCUGCAGCCCCAGGAGCUGCUGUCAGGUGACGGGUACCCGCUGUGCUGGGGUUGCUGUGUCUGACCAGGAGUUUGCCGCCAUGAAACCCUCCUUGUGCUCCCUCUCUCCCUUCCACAAGCGUUUCCCAGCCCCGAGGCCAUUUUUUCCAAUGCUAUCACUCCCCCACUUGCUGCUUUCCCAGCACUGGCGUUGCCUGUGUCUCCAUGCCCCUUGCCCUCACCCCUUUUGCCAGUACCUGCCGCAGAGCUCCCCGCUUCACCCCGAGGAGCUGCUGGGUUUCAGCCCCUGCCUCUGCACCACGGGCCGUGUAACUCCCACUGCAACCAGGGAUGUUCCUCGGGCGCUCCUCCUCCUCCUCCUACCCCAUCUCACUGCACACCCCUCGUCUCUCCCACAGGCAACCAAGCAGUUCCUGGAGGAGAUCAAUAAGUGGACAGGCCAGUACAAUGUGUCCCCACUCUCCUGGAAUGUGGCCGUCAAGUUCCUCAUGGCCCGUAAGUUCGACGUCCUGCGGGCCAUCGAGCUCUUCCACUCCUACCGGGAGACACGGCUGAAGGAAGGCAUUGUGAAGCUGAAGCCGCACGAGGAGCCGCUGCGCUCGGAGCUGCUCAGCGGCAAGUUCACCAUUCUGAGUGUGCGGGACCCCUCAGGAGCCUCCAUCGCCCUCUUCACAGCCAAGCUGCACCACCCCAGCAAGAGUGUGCAGCAUGUGGUGCUCCAGGCACUCUUCUACCUGCUGGACCGAGCAGUGGAGAGCUUCGAAACCCAGAGGAACGGGCUGGUGUUCAUCUAUGACAUGGCGGGCUCACAGUACACCAACUUCGAGCUGGACCUUAGCAAGAAGAUCCUCAACCUGCUGAAGGGUGCCUUCCCGGCUCGGCUUAAGAAGGUUUUCAUCGUGGGAGCUCCCAUGUGGUUUCGCGUGCCCUACUCCAUCAUCAGCCUGCUGCUGAAGGAGAAGCUGCGGGAGCGGGUGCAGAUGGUGAAGAUGUCGGAGCUGAAGGAGCACCUGCCCCGGGAAUGCCUCCCCGAGUACCUCGGGGGGUCCCUCAAACUGGACCCUCUGAGCUGGAACUGCCGGUUCCUGCCCCAGCAGAACGGGCAUCCCGACCCCCUGGAUGAGCUCAUCCUGGUGCCGCUGGUGGCCCCUAAAGAUAAUGGAUCCGUCCACGUCCCUGGGCCCAAGUCCAUCACCCUCCAGGAACUGCUGGAUCAUGUCAGCCACAAGCAGAAACGAGGCAUCUACGAAGAGUACGAAGAUAUUCGGCGCAGGAGCCCGGCCGGCACCUUUGCCUGCUCUUUGGCACCCUACAACCAGGAGAAGAACCGGUACGGGGACGUGCCCUGCCUGGACCAAACCCGCGUCAAGCUGGCGAAGCCGUAUAGCCGCCCGGAGCUGACCGAUUACAUCAAUGCAAGCUUCAUGGAUGGCUACAAGCAGAGGAACGCUUACAUCGGGACGCAGGGGCCUCUGGAAAACACCUACGGUGACUUCUGGCGCAUGGUGUGGGAGCAAAAUGUCCUGGUGAUUGUGAUGACAACCAGGCUGGAGGAGGGAGGCAGGAGAAAGUGCGGCCAAUACUGGCCCCUGGAGAAGGAUUUCCAGGUGUGCUUCGGGGCCCUGACCAUCACCAACCUGGGCGUGGAGAACCUCAGCCAUUACAAGAAAACCGUCCUGGAGAUCCACAGCUCAGAGACCAGGGAGCGGCGGCUGGUGUCCCAUUUCCAGUACCUGAGCUGGCCGGACUACGGCGUCCCCUCCUCAGCGGCCACCCUCAUUGACUUUCUGGGGGCUGUGAAGCAGCAGCAGAGGGUGGCGGUCAGCGCCCUGGGACCUCGCUUCAAGGGUCACCCUGGGGGACCCCCGAUUGUGGUGCACUGCAGUGCCGGCAUCGGCAGGACAGGUACCUUCUGCGCGCUGGACAUCUGCCUGUCGCAGCUGCAGGAUGUGGGCACGCUCAACAUCUCCCAGACGGUGCUGCGCAUGCGGACCCAGCGCGCCUUCAGCAUCCAGACCCCCGAGCAGUAUUACUUCUGUUACACCGCCGUCCUUGAGCACGCCCAGCGCGAGGGCCUGCUGCUCGCCAACCACAGCCGGGCCAGCCAGGAGAAGGGCUCACCGGGACACUGAGACCUGCCGCCUCCCCGCAGAAACCCCUUCCCAGCCCACCGGGGCUGCCGGAGCCGCCUCCAUGCCCGCUGGGACUCGGCGCUCAGCACUGCUGUCGAACUGUGCCUUAUUCACACCAACCGUGGCUGCCGCUCGCCUGGCGGCGGAGGACGGCGCAGGAAGAGGCUCUCACUCCUCUCCGCGGUAUUUCUGUCGAGGGGGUGGGUUGGUUGGGGGAGGUGGUUUUUCUUCUUGUUGUGGUUGGAUUUUUUUUAAUUAAUAUUUUUUUUGUUGGGACCAUCUAAAAUGUAUCUAGAGAGGGGCUCUGCAGAGCCCUAGGAAAUGUAUUUCCAGUCAUGCCCUGGGGUUUAGGAAGAGGCGCCUACUUCAGUCUUACCUGCCACUAAGUAUGUGUGUCUGUAUGUAUGUGUGUAUAUAAUAUAUCCCUGCUGUGCCCACCCCUGGCUAUUAUAUAUAUACAUAUAUACAAGCACCCGUUGAGCAGCUCCUGCGGUCCCCACAGUCCUGCUGUCUCACUGCUGUGAUCCCUGGAGCGUUGAGUUUGGUCCUGGCUCUGUCUUGUUUUCCCACCCCCAACCCCCGGCUCCUUUUUCCCUUUCCUGCCCCUCCUGCUCCUCGCAGGCAGCACUGGACCUGGUUCCUGCUCUGGGGGUGCUCAGCAGCAUCCUCCUCCCUCCUUUUCCUUGUCUCAUAUUCCCCAUCCUCAUCUCCUGCCGGGAAACGGCAGCUCUGCUCCCGGGAGGAGGAUGUAGAGGAUUUUGCCCGCGGGUCGGCCGAGGGGUAAGGAGCUCACGGUGUCCCCCGCCCCUAGGGGUGCAGCCGCCGGAGUCACUAGGUACGAGGGGAUGGGGACACGGAGGGGACCGACCGGCUCUCCAGGUUGCCCGGCUUUUCCAAGCCGGCAGUGGGAAUCCGCGGGCCCAGCCCUGCGGUGAGUCACGGGCUGGAAAAGCGCUGAGCAAAAAACGCCAAAACGCUGGAGAGGCCAUGAGCUGACCUGACCUCCGGGGCAGCAGCACCUGCCCAGGGCACUGGGACUGGCAGCGCCUGCGCCUCAGUAACUUUAUACUGUAAUAAGCUCUUUGAAUGUGUAUAUUCUUAUUUUUUUAUAAUCUUGGGGGGUUGGGGUUUUUGGUUUGGGUUUUGUUUUGGUUUGGUUUUUUGUAUUUAACAUUAACUUGAUCCAAGCCAGAGCCAGAAGUAUUUGUAAAUGUUCCUAUUUUGCUCUCGUUCAGAGAAACAUUUUCGUUGUUACUUUUUGGGUUUUGUUUUGUUUUUAUUUGUACCGACAUAUAAAUACACUACCAGUGACCGGUCCUCUCAGCUCUCAUGCUGCAGUUGGUCAGGGGCAGGAGAGGAGAGGGAGGGAGUUUAGGGCUUUGCACACCCCGCAGUCCUCAAAAGUGAGCUGGCCUCAUCCCUGGAGACACGCUGCGCUGCCGUGGCCCCCUAGCACUGGGGAGGGCACAGGGCUGCAUUCAGGGCCGUGCCAGGGAGCAGGGGGCUGGGGGGGUCAGGGCAGCUGCCCUCAGAGCCCAGCAGCCCACUCCUGACCCGGGUGAGGCGCCGUGAGAGGGAGCCAAGCUGCAGACAGCUUCCUUGGGUGGGCAGGACACAGGAUGCCGGCAGGAGGGAAGGCAGCGAGGUGUGGACAAGCUGCCCCACUCUGAGCUCCUGCCUCUUUUCCCAGGGCCUGGCUGAGCCCCAGAGCAUCAAUCUGCUUUAAGCACCGGGUAUUUGGGAGUCUCUUUCUUUGCAUAGACCUUUUCUCCAGCUGUCACCUCCCUCCUUUAUCUAUUUUGAUGAAUAAUUAUUGAGGAAGUGCCCAGGGUGUGUUGGCCACCCUGAUGAGCAGCCCAGGAAACCAAACCUGUAUCUGCAAGGACCCCCCGGCCAGGGCUGGAGGGGCAGCGCCAUGCCCUGGAUGGGGAGGCGGGACAGGCAGGGCUGGCUGGGGGAUCUGCGUGCUGCUGCCUGCACCACAUAAGGCACAGUGAUUUGGGGGGGCUGGUAGGGUUUGCCUCUAAUGCAGAUGCUGUCAACAGCGAAAGGCUGGGCGGCAGCUGAUCUGAACAUGGCGUACCUGAUCCUGUUGCUGCUACCUGUAACGCUCAAGGGGUGGAAGCGGAGAUUAAAGGAACGGGGUUG